AUUAGAACCAAGCGGAUGGAGGUUAAAACGGUAGCCUUUUCAGAUUUUAGAAUAGGUACACUUGGGUUUAGGCAGCAGACUAAAAUGGCAAUGGCUGCUUAUCACGUGCUGGUUAUCUCACUUUUUAUUGUUGGAAGUUUCAAAAAUGUUUUCAACAGCCCCGUAAAGCGAGCGGCUGAAAUACCUGCGAACACGGACGUGGAAAAGGUCUUACAGCCGCACAACAGCCGAAGAAACGGGGAAACUCUUGAAGGAGCGUUGAAUGCUGAUGUGAUUGAAGGGGACAUGAUGUUGCCAAGGGACCGAAAUGCAGUGAAAAACCUGUGGCCAGAUAUUGGAGGACAGAUUACUGUGCCCUACACCAUCAGCCCAGACAUAGUGGAAAGGACCAAUGACAUAGAAGCAGCCCUCGAUAUGAUAUCAAGUCGAACUUGUGUGGGCUUCUACGUGCGAAACAAUGAAGAAGGCUAUGUGGUGUUCACCAAGGGUAAUGGCUGUGCCUCGAAUGUGGGCUAUUUAGGUGGCCGGCAGCUUGUCGUAAUUGGGCCGCCGUGUAGUGUGGGGAACAUCGCCCAUGAGGUUCUGCACACGCUGGGGUUCUACCACGAGCACACACGAAAGGACAGACUACAGCACGUCGACAUUUUGUUUGGCAACAUAAUCGGAGGUAUGGAGGGUAACUUCCAGGAGAAGAAUGGCAAUACCCAGGGUCUACCCUAUGAUAUCAACUCCAUCAUGCACUACGGAGGGAAGUUUUUCUCCGUCAACGGGAAGCCCACGAUCAAAGCCAAGGAUCCCGUUCAGGAAAUGGGCCAGAGGACUUUCCUGACAAAUCUCGACGUGGACAGGGUCCGACGGCUGUACCUCUGUAACUUCAGAGAGCAACAAGACAUGCCCUAUGUUGUGAACUCGACUACCACCAUCCUUGUGACUCCUGCAAAUGCCAACAGCUCCAAUGUCUAAACGCAGGUCACCAAGCGCCCUGCAUGUGCAGGACUCUGCUGACGACACUAGAGGGCACACUCGCUCAAGCAGCCGGGUUGAAAGAUGAAAUCAUGACCAACCACUCAGGAUUAGAUUUUAUUUACUUUGUCACGUGACUGUUUCGAGCCACAGUAACACUUGGGGUCAGAUAUUACUACCAGUGGAGGAGGGAAAUGUUAAAAUCUGGAUGUAUUUGACAGGUAAAUACAUAUGUGGGUUUUUAGACUGCAGAAUAUCAAUAAAAUUGAUGCAUCUCGUGGAACUGGAUGUGUGUGCGUACUGGAAUAAACUUAAGUCUAGCUAAAUGGGA